AUGUCGGAUACAUUCCAGGAGGAUGUGAUGCACAAAUACUUCGACAAAUUGGCCCCCAUAUACCAGGAACGUUUCGCCGAAGGUCUGCGAACCCUUGCUGAGCAACUCCUACUGCACCGCAUGUGGCUCAGUGACAAAUGGAUCGACACCGAGGCCGGCAAAGCUGAAAAUAAGGAAGGAGAGGGAAUUACCAUGCUCGAUUAUGCCUGUGGAACGGGUGCAGUCUCACUUGCUCUAGCUCCAUUCCUCACCCAUAUAACGGGGAUGGACACAUCCCCAAGUAUGAUUGUGGAAUACGAGAAGAAUGCCCAAGCCGCUCAUCUCAACGAGAAGAUAGUCGGCCGCACAGGAGAUUUGCUCGCCCCCGUUGUCGAGGAGAGUUUAGCGGAUUUGCCCAAGUUCGAUAUUGUUGCCGUUAGCAUGGCGCUGCAUCACUUUGAAAACCCCGGACUAGGUGUUCAGCGGCUGGCGAGUUGGAUCAAGACGGGAGGUGUCUUUGUGGUUAUUGAUCUUGUUGUGCAGGAUCAUGGACCUCAUGGGUUUGGCGGAGCCAAGGGGACUAUUAGUACCCAUGGUUUUUCGCGCACGGAUAUGCAGAGAAUCUUUGAAGAGGCCGGGCUGUGUGGGUUUGAUUACAAGGUCGUUCCAAAGCCUCUCAAGUUGGUUCACGAUGGGAAGGCUAUUGAGAAGACUGUUUUCAUUGCUCGCGCUCAGCGGGUUUGA